AGGGGAGAGGUACGUAGGGACGUGGCAUGAUGAUCACAAACAUGGGCAAGGCAUUGUAGUGACCCAGUCAGGAAUCUGCUAUCAGAGGACAUUCCAUGCUGGUAAAAUGGUGGGUUCUGGGAUUCUACUCUUGGAAGAUGACUCUGUCUAUGAAGGAAACUUCAUGGAAGAUCUAACAUUUGUUGGAAAGGGAAAGCUGUCAUUUGCCAAUGGCUUCAUUCUGGAGGGAACCUUUACUAACAAAUCGGGCCAAGGCCUUCAGACUCAAGGCAUCCUGAACACAUCAAAUGAGCAGCUGGAUGACAGGAUAACCAAAGUUCAGCUGGGCCUUGCGGAGUUCCCAGUAGAGAAGAGAUGGAAGGGAAUCUACGACCAAUUCCUGGAGUUCAUCCAUUCUGGCUGCAAAGAGGAAACAGAGGAGUCUUUCACAGGCUUCCACAUCCAAACAAGCAAGGAGCUGCGGAAGUCCCAGGAAUACCUCUUCUGCCAAAGAGGGGCUGAGGAUGCAUCCUGGAAGACAGAAGAUAUUCUUGAAGAGCUAGUUCAGCACCAGGAUCUGGCAUCACUACACUGUUAUUUAGAUAAGGCACUGAAGUCUUCUCUGCACCCACUGGGAAAGCUGCUGAGGGCCUUGAUGAUCGCUUUUCAGGCAACAUAUUCUGGGAUUGGGGCCAACAGACACUUGCUGACUAUGGCUCAGGAGGAAGUCAAAUACUACGCAAAGAAAAUAUGGGAGUUUUACCAGGGCUUGCUCUGUCUGGCGCUGGAACAGAAAGGCCAACUGCCCACAAAGUGUGUGGAUGGAGAGUCUAGCGACCAGAAGGCAUGCAGUAUAGUCCUGCCUCUGAUCCUGCCAUGCUUCUACCCCGAGCUCUUCAUGCUCUACAUGCUCUAUCAUGAAAGAGAAGAUGAUCUCUACUGCCAAGGGAUCGUGGACCUAAGUCUGUUUCCUGACAUCAAGCUGCUAGAGUUUCUGGAUGUGCAGAAACAUUUAUGGCCUCUAAAAGAUCUCACCCUGACAACUAACCAGAGGCGCUCCCUUGUCAAGGACAAGUGUUUCCUGUCUGCUACCGAGUGCCUGCAGAAACUGAUCACCACGGUGGAUCCCCGGGAAAAGCUGGUGAUCCUUCAGAAGACGUAUGAGGAGAUAGAGAGCACGGUGUCCCGCGUGGUUGAGAAGGACUACAAGCUCCCCAUGGAUGACCUGCUGCCGCUGCUGAUGUAUGUGGUCUCCCGAGCGAAAAUACAGCACUUGGGAGCUGAAAUCCAUCUGAUCAGAGACUUGAUGGACCCCACCAAUCAAGGAGGACUCUAUGAUUUUCUGCUAACAGCACUGGAGUCGUGCUACGAACACAUUCAGAGGAUGCGUCUCCAUCAGAGGGAGAACUGCCACGGGACUCCCAGCCCCUGA